CUGGUAUAGGACAAGAUGAAGGCAGCGCUCUGCGUGGUCGUAAUUUUGGCAGCUCUGUGGAUCUGCUGUUUCAAGCAGGCUACACCCGCCCCAGCCUCAAUCAUAACGCCAGAAUGCUGUGAGACGUUUAAGACAACGCCAAUUCCUCACAGGAGGCUUAAGAGUUACAAGAAAGCUCCCUUGUGCCCGACACCUGCCGUCAUAUUCACCAACAGGAAGAAUAUGAGGAUUUGCACUAUAGCCGGUGAGGAAUGGGUUAAAGCUGCCGUGAAGUACCUGGACAGGAAACACCAGGGUGGCAGAGACUAAGUGAAAUCUUCACACUUCAACAAGAUCUCAAGAGCUAAUUUUGAACGUGGGUUCAAUUCUUCCCGGCUCCCGAGUGGAGGUGAAAGUUCAGAAUCGACUCCAGAAAUUGAUUCAGUGUAG